AUGUCUCUUUGGAGCUCAUAUCGCGGUCUCACCCCGAAAACACGGGCCCUCUUCGGGGUCGGCGUGAUGGCCUGGGCAUCAAUCGGUCUGUGGCUUUCUCCGCAAGUGGAGAGCGCGUUGGGAAUGAAGGCAUCGCAGGAAGAGCAGGAGGCACUGGACCGCAAGCUCGCCGUGCGAAUCUCGCAGGUGAGAGAAGGCGAGAGCAACGAGGGUAAAUGA